UUUAUUGGGGCGGGGGGGCGGGGGGAGUGGGAGAUUGCAAUCCGAAAUGUGUAGUCAAGGCCAGCCAAGUGGAGGUUUCCGUCCGGAGGAAAAUGAGUGCAGUACAGUCGAGAGCGGAAGAGGAAGUUAAGGGCAGGGGUCCGUCAACACCGUGGGGCCGGGUCCUCACUCCAGAACUGUCCCUGCGGGGUCCUCCCGGCGACGGGGGUGUGAGAGCCCCUCCCACACGCGGUCUGACCUAAACGUUGACACCCUCAAACACCUCCCAGGGGCCUCCGAGGGUCCCGCCAGGCUCGGGGGACGCAUCCCACAGCGGAAAAGCAGCCGCGGACCCCUGCGCGUGCCCCGGUGCAGGUGUCCCGUCGAGUCGCACCGCCCGCGGCCCGGGCCCUCACCCAGUGCCUUCCGGGUGCCCGCAAACCCCUUCGGGAACAACCGGACCCCCAAGAAGCCUUCAGGCUGCAGUGCGGGGCUCGCGAACUCCCGAAUUGGUGAGGAAGAUGCAGCUCCGCCAGGGAAGAUGCGGCACCUGCAGCGAGUGCUUCCGGAUUAAGGCCCAGACCGCAGCCUCUUCCGGGCGCCGCGGGGCCCCCUGGGUAAGGAGCAGGCCCCCAUCCCCCGCCCGCGCCGGGUUCCGGCGUCGGGCGCGACGCUGACGGGCAGGUCUCCUAGCCAGUAGUGGCAAAGGGUCGCCGGGCCGCCCGAAGGCCCAGCCAAUGACACGCGGCAGGGCUGGGCGGUCGCGGACGUAAACGUCGCGAGGAGCCGCCCUGCCGGGCAGAAGCCCGAAGAGGAGUCGGCGGCACAAAAUGGCGGCGGCGGCAGCGGCUGCGACGGCCGUGGCCGGGGCUCAGGGUCCAGCGGCCCCUGCAGCAGCAGCGGCCGGGACCCCGGGCCCGGGAGGCACAGUCCCCGGGUCGCAGGGCGUGCUGAUUGGGGACCGGCUGUACUCCGGGGUGCUCAUAACCUUGGAGAAUUGUCUCCUGCCCGACGACAAGCUCCGCUUCACGCCAUCCAUGUCGAGUGGGCUCGACACCGGCACGGAGACCGACCUCCGCGUAGUGGGCUGUGAGCUCAUCCAGGCGGCCGGCAUCUUGCUCCGCCUGCCGCAGGUGGCUAUGGCGACGGGGCAGGUGUUGUUCCAGCGGUUCUUCUACACCAAGUCCUUUGUGAAGCAUUCCAUGGAGCAUGUGUCCAUGGCCUGUGUGCACCUGGCCUCCAAAAUAGAGGAGGCGCCCAGACGGAUACGGGAUGUCAUGAACGUCUUCCACCGCCUGCGACAGCUGAGGGAGAAAAAGAAACCUGCGCCUCUACUGCUGGAUCAAGAGUAUGUGAACCUAAAGAACCAGAUUAUAAAGGCAGAGAGACGAGUUCUCAAAGAGCUGGGCUUCUGCGUCCACGUGAAGCACCCUCACAAGAUAAUCGUUAUGUACCUUCAGGUGUUAGAGUGUGAGCGUAACCAACCCCUGGUCCAGACCUCAUGGGGAGCCUCUGAGGGUAAGUGACUAAGACUUCUCCUCUGCUGUCCAAGCGCUUCGGUGCAGGGACAGCGGCCGUCCUCAGCCACUCCCGGGCAGGCUCCACCGAAGGCUGGCCUAGAUGGUGGUAUGCUCACGAUAGUCUAGUGCUGGCGACGCUGCUGUGGCUCUGAUGGUUGCGCUUCUUGUUAACCCUCUGUCGUGCUUUGGUAAUUGUAUUGAUUAGACUUGAUAACUGUUUUGACUUGAAUUUUGUCCCUUUAAAACUGCUGUACCUACCUGUGCACUAAAGAUGCAAUACCUGUCUUUGAGAAAAAAUCUAUGGAGAGCUGUAAGAAUUGGCUGAUGGGAACUGGGACUGAAUUAUGGCAUUAUUUCUGGAGGUUCUAGGGCUGCCCUUUUCAGCAGCUGAGUAAAGGUAAUGCAUCUUUAGAUGACCCCAUGGACACUUUAUAUUGUAACAUUUCAAAUGUAGCAAUUAGCUUAAGUAUAUGUUUUGAACAAUUUGUCUUGUUUUUAGGACUUAAAAGUUAAUAGAUUAAUAUUAUUACUAUUUGAGUAUUGAAAAUGUUUUAUUAAGACCAGAAACCUUCUCGAUGGUUAUGUGCAUAAAAUGUUUAAACUGUUCAUUUGCGAUGCUCUGGGUCCCGAGCCUUGGUGCCCUCACUGGUUCUCGGUCACCUCCUGGUGCCUGGAGCACGAGCUUCCCAGCAGGUGCCGCCAGCCGGCAUGUGCAGAACUUGAACCUUGGAGUGCAUUUGUCUGUCACCUCCUCCAGGGCUUGGGAGCAGCGAUACCAGGGUGGGGGUGGGGGUAUCAGUCAAAUCACAGCAUGAUUUGGCUCACCUGUGGGUGCAGCUUGACUCAGGCUUGCCACAUUGGGGUUUGUGGGGAGCAGUGACUGUAUGACCUGUUCACCUGUUUUCUCAUGGAAUUAAUCCUUGUGUGUGCAAGAUUGAUAAAGUUUCAUGUUAAAUCUUAGAGAAAUAUAUAUGAAAGAAAAUGUUAAAUGUCGCCAAUUUUAAAAUGUUACCUUUUAAAAAUGCAAAUUAUUUUUGUAUUUCUCUAUUUUCUAAAGUAUGAUAAAGUUUUUAAAUGUACUGAUUAUGGUGAAAAUUAUGGUGUUUUGAUGCUUUUGUCUGAUUUUAUGAAUGUUCAUUUUAAGACUCCUUGUUGAAUGGGACAGUUUGGAAAUGGUUCUUUGAUAAGCCUGCGAAGAGGACUGCCCUCUGGGCCCUGAGCCCUCCUCGGCAUGCUGUUCCCGUGCUCCCAGGGCGAUGCUCCCUUUCCGAGCGGACUCACGCGUGGAAGAAGGAGGGCCAGGCUGUGGAUCCCUCUUGAAGGAAGAGGAACGAACGCACGAGGACGGCUUGUCUCAGAAAAGCCUGUGGCUCGUGCUCGGCAGUCCAUUGAGUUUGCAUGUCUCUCUGCACCACGGAUUCUGAGCGCUUAGAUUUCUUGAAUCCAGUACUUUCUCACCCGUUUUCUUCCUGAGGCUUUGUGCUUUGCAUGAGAGCAGGCCAAAGAGAGGGAAAAGUAAAGUUAAAGUUGGUUCUCUUUCAUAGCAACACCGAGUGACAUUCAGCCAGCUAUCUCCCCCACUUAACCUGUGUUCAGAAAAGUCAGUUAGAACGUUUUCCCUGAACUCAAGAGUCCCAGGACUGUGUAUCUCCGGUCCUCGCAGUAGGCUCCUUAGAGGAGCAUGACCUCCCUAGA